CAAUGGACAUCGAGGACGGGAAUGAAACGUUUAUGGCGCACUAAUGACACAUUUAGUUUAAGAUACUUUACUACAAGAUUAAUAUUCCAACUAUACUCUCAAAUACACACAGUGCUUAGAUUGCGCUGCUGAAGAACAGUCUUUUCCUGCAUUUAAAACGGGGGGGAAAAAAAACUAACUAGCUAGCUAGCAAGCAAUCCUAGCUAGCUCAGGAGGAACAAUGACCUCGGCAUCAACGAAGGUUGGUGAGAUCUUCUCUGCAGCAGGAGCUGCUUUUACUAAAUUAGGGGAGCUCACCAUGCAGCUGCACCCAGUGGCUGAUUCUAGUCCAGCAGGAGCUAAAUGGACGGAUACUGAGAUUGAGAUGCUCCGGUCAACAGUUAGGCGCUUUGGUGACGACUUGAACACACUCAGCUCGGUCAUCAAGAAGCGCACUGUGGCACAAAUAAAGACUACUGUCAAGAGGAAGCUUUAUGAAGACAGCGGAGUUCCUUUGUCUUCAGACUCACCGAAGAAAAGUACCAAAAAGCUACAGGUUGCCAUGGCUCCCCCUCCACCACCUACAGUCAUAGCUGUACCAACUUCUCAGGUUGUGGUAUCAGCAGGCUUACCGGGUCCAUCCACAGGUCCAGCCAGCAUUAAGAAGCCAAAGACGGCAGAUGUUACUCUCAGUGCUCUGAAUGACUCUGAUGUGAACAGCGAUCUGGUAGAUAUUGAGGGACUUGGUGACAACUCCGCAACAAAAAAAGCUCAAUUUGAUCAAGAAAGUCUAAAUCUCGACUCCAGUCUCAUCAUGAACUCUAGUGAUCUGCCUCUACUGUCCCGCUGAACCCAGCUCUCUACUAAAGCAUCAAAUGGAAAAGAAACCUUUCACAUCACUUCUGUCUGGGUGCACCUCCAGGAAGUUCACUCUGGCCUGAAGAAACUGUCUCAGUUGUUAAACCUUCCACCUUUUACAGAUGGAGCCUAAAUUGUAGUUAGAAUUUGAAUCCAAUGUUACAUUUAUAAAAUAGAGGGAGACCUCUCUUGAAAUAAUAUUGCUUGGUUUCAGAUUCCUGUUUUCAAAUUUGUUGGAAUAAAAAAAAUGGUGUAAAACAUGGUGGUAAAAAAAAUUUAAUAACUUUUAGAUGUUACGGCCAACAAUUUUUCAUAUACUACUUCUCUGUUGGCUGCCACAGGGCUUGGAAAAAUCCCAAGUUGUAAAUUCACUUAAAGUAGGAUUUAUUUUUUAAAAUGGUCUCCCCAUUAAUGCACUUUUAUUUUUUGUAAUUCUGUUUAUCAGAACAGUAUGUUCAUGAAAAUGGGAUUCUGUACUCUGUAUGUCAAGUAGUUUGUGUAAGAGCAUUUUGACCCAAAUUUGUACAUGUAUUAAUUUUAUUAUUUGUCAGAAAAAUGCAGACUUCUUGCAUGAAAAUUAUGUUGUAACAUUUGCUUACUUUUCCCAGAUUUUGUAGUGUUUUACAGGCGCAGUUUGCGUAAGCCUAAGAUCACCAGAGCAUUGAAAAGUUGAAAAGAACUCCAACCUUUAUAGAAAUGUUCCUUCUUCGGUUGGGAUUCUCUAACCUGAGCUCAUGGGUCAUGCGAUCAACAAAUACAUUUGUAUUCUAAUAUUAAAUUAUGCUUGAGCAACUGAAAACCUC